AUGGCUCUGCGCUUAUCUGCUGUGAACGCUGAGGAGGUUGCAGCCGGGUUCACUACAUUUCGUGACCCUCUUCCCGAGCAUGCGGCCGAAGUUACCUCUCUUAUCGCCGAUUUAUACAGCAUCAGUUCAUUGUUCGCUAGUUUGGAUGCUUUGUACCUGGACAUUCGUUAUAGGCGCAAUUUCUCGCUCAUUCAACCCGACUUGGAGUUAGUGCGGAUCAGUCUUAAAUAUACCCUCGAGGACAUUUUCGGCUUUUUUCGCAGCCUUGAUGGCGGGAAAUCUAGCCCGGCGCAUUACAAGCGCACAUGGAAGAACAUCCACGAGUUCUUUUGGAACGAAUCGCAUUAUAGCCUAGCGACCCGCCUAGCCAAGUUUAGGACGAUGCUUAGAGAAUUGACUGAAUUGGCAAGAGAUGGUUACCAAGACUCCCCAAUCCUCCCAGGCCUUCGAAAUGGCAUGAAAAGUUUGCUCGCUGUACAGGAACGUCGAAUAGCUCAACAACUAGAGCGUAUGUCACUCAACCGGAGCCCCUCCUCUAGCGGCAAUGCUGCUGAACCACCCAGCCCUGUUGAUGACCGGAAAACAUCACGGCGGAGGUCGUACGAGCGUACUCGCCCAGCACAUCUAUCUCCGACAUCGCCAUUAUCUCCUUCUUCUGGUGUAUUCUCGGAUAUCCCGACAUCUAUCUCAGAUACCCCAGGCUCACCGAUGACUUCUACAACGGCAACAACCGCCACCAGCUUCUCGAAUACAUCCGAUUCUAUUAAAGAGCAUUGGGCUAAAUCAGUGUUCAAUACUGCUGGCUCGCAUCCCCUGCCGAGAUCACCACAUAAAUCACGCUGUGAGGGGAACAAUCACGUCGGUAUCAAGCAACAACUCAAGGAAAUGGAAUUUGAGGAGCUUCUUCAAUUAUCCCUCGAGGAGGAAUCCGACAUGCGCAUUUCAUUUUAUCUACGAAAAAGAGAUCACCGCGUGCGUAUUCUCUGCAAAAUUCCACACCACACGAGGCCCAGUGAGUAUUUUUGUUUGCCCUUGAAUCUGCUCGAAGCUGUGCGAGAUGGCCCUUUUCUUCGUCUGUGCAGACGGCGAAAUAAAGGCACAGUGCUUAUUCUUUGGGCUUUGCUCAAGUUCACGAGUAUGGAAGACCUAGUGAUUUUUCACAACACCUUCCUGGCCUUACGCUCUCAGGACUCAGGCCACCCUGUGGAUGGAUUUAUAGACUAUGAGCUGGACGGCGAAGAAGAGCUAUAUGGAGGUGUUAUUACGGAUGAUGGAUACGGACAUGCACUCCGCGUAUACGAGGAUGUGGAGAGUGGAGCAGUGAGGCUUCAAGCAUCGGUGCAUGAAGGCGAGAUGACCCGAACACCUGUUUGGACUGCCUUUAUCACCCAUAAUAUCGGCAGGCGGAACUGGAUCAAGUCCAUUGAUCCUCAGACUGUAAUUAUGCGUAAUCUCAAGCCCGUGGUAUAUAUGUCCACGGAAGAUUAUAAUCCGCAGCAGACAACCCAGGGGUAUCAUAUUUUGAAGUUUGAAACCUCUAGAGAUGCCAAUGAGUUCCUGGACGCUAUGAACGAACUGGCUGAAACCAUUCGUUGA